GUUACUAGUAGACGUUUUUGGAUCUUUGACCCUCUUUCCUCAUUCUCUCAAUCUUCAUUUCUUCGUCGACACCAUCCACCACCAUGGCGACGGCAAGCCGAUUAUUGAGAAACCCGUUGGCUUCAAGCCUUCGUAGCGUUGCAAAAAGACAAUCAUUUCCAUCAUUCCGUCACUUAUCGCUUCUUCAGUCCAACGGAUCCAUCAGUGGAAGCUGGCAUGCCUCCGAAGUUUCACUGCCCACGAAACAAGUGCGAUGUCACUCGACCACGAACCAACCCGUAGAAUCUCGCACCAGCUCCGAUGGUGUAGUCGGACUUCCCAUUGAUUUUGAUAUUGCAGCCAAAAUUGAGGGCAAUGAAAGUCAGAUUGCCACUAUAGCCUUGGAACCAGGCCAAGUGCUUCGAGCCGAGUCCGGGGCAAUGAUGUACAUGACACAGGGUGUGCAAAUGAACACCACCACGGGUGGUGGCCUUUCGUCUGGCUUCCAGCGUAUGCUCACUGGACAGAACAUGUUUAUCUCUGACUACACGUACGAGGGAGAGCCAGGAACAGUUGGUUACGUGGCCCUUGGCACCGAUUUUCCUAGCAAGAUUGUCCGGCUUAAUAUUGAAGAAUACGGAGGCAAAUUGGUGUGCCAAAAGGGCGCUCUGCUUUGCGCAUCACACACGGUUGACAUUCAAAUGGAAUUUUCAAAGAACUUCUCCACGGGAUUCUUUGGCGGAGAGGGUUUUGUGCUGCAAGGUCUGACUGGGGAAGGAGACGCAUUUUUGAAGGCGGGAGGAACGUUGAUCCGACGGGAUCUCGAUGACGGAGAGCAGCUACGAAUUUCCUCUGGUUGUCUGGUUGGUUUCUCUCAGGGAGUUGAUUAUGAUGUACAGAUGGUCCAAGGAUUCAAGAAUGUCUUCGCUGGCGGGGAAGGUCUGUUCAUGACUACUUUGACGGGCCCAGGUACCGUAUGGCUACAGGGACAACCGCCGCAGAGGAUGGUAAGUGAAAUUGCGCGACGAGUGCCAUCGGGCGGAGGCCUUGGCCUUGCUGUGCCCAUCGGUGGCGUUGGUGGUGGAGGAGGAGAAGGUGGCGGUGGUGAGGGCGAAAGUACCGGUAGCUCGUAGCAGCCACUUCUAAGAGGCUACGGAAGAACAUCACAUCCUUAUUGGGCCUCCUGUAGUUAGUUGUUGAAAUUAGAAGUGCAGUAGACUCCCUGCAAGCGAGAGAACGGAAAAAGUGGUAUAAGUCUGAUUGUCACCCAAAGCAAGGU